AUGGGGCAAUUACUACUAAUAUUUCCUUUGAUAGACGACGAAGAGGAACAAUAUGCGAGGAAGUCUCGCUGGCUGUACGACGUACUGGCAAAUAGUUGGACUCAAUGGCUAUCAGCUUCUGCGUUAGAAUCUGUGCGAAGUGGCGGCUACUAUGUGGCACGCCCCCGGGAGGGCCUCAGAGUUCUUUCAGUCAACAUGAACUUCUGUUACUUCUUUAAUUUUUGGCUAAUAGUUAACUCCACGGAUCCGGGAGGACAGCUAGAAUGGCUUAUUCAACAGUUGACCGACGCCGAAGACGCAGGAGACAAGGUACACAUAAUUGGCCAUAUCCCACCUGGCAUAAUUGACUGCAUUGAAACGUGGAGCACAAUGUUCCACAGAAUCGUAGAACGAUUUGAAGACACGAUCACUGGACAAUUCUACGGACAUACACACUACGAUGAGUUCGCAGUGUUCUACAGUUCUGAAAACCGGGCUAAGGCUAUCAGUGUUGCGUAUAUUGCGCCUAGCGCGACGACGUAUUCAUACCUGAAUCCUGGAUACAGGAUAUACAACAUGGACGGACAAUCGAAGGAAAUAACGGGUCACGAAACCUACAUCAUGAACUUAACUGAGGCCAACCUCGUGGGAGAACCCACCUGGAGACUUGAGUACGCCACCCAAGACAUCGGCAUCGCGUCGUCAUCUCCCUCUGAGUGGGACUCGUACGUGUCAAGGAUGGAGGCCGACGACAAACUAUUUGAAGAUUUCUACGGUCACUUUAUGAAGCUGAGCGAUCAUCCGAGAAACUGUACUGGUAUCUGCAAAGAAAGAAUGAUAUGCCAUCUCAAGACGGACCGCUCCCACGACUACUCGAAGUGCUCAGAAAUGAGCGCUUAGGAUGGAAAUGAGUGGCGUCCUGCUGAGAGCACAUCGGAGCACAAAAUGAGAGCACAUCGGAAGCUAAAUGUGCGCAGAAAGGAACAGAAAAAUAAUUGGAACGACUCAAAGGUUCAAAAAAGAAAUGAAAG